AUGUCAGAAGACUACGAUCACAAGCGAUCCUUUGAAGAGCUUCAAGAAAGUAAUCAGGUUCUAGGAUUGGCCGUUCAGCGAACGAGACUGGCUGUUAAAAGACUAAGGUUAGAGUAUGGUUCUCUGCUGGAGCGCCUAGAAAGCAGAAUAAAUAAAGACCCCGAGUUGUGUUAUGAAGAUCCGUUACCGUCUUUAGAAAGUUUCAGGAUGCAGAUCUUAGAGGACACACCUAAAUCCAAGACGAAAAAGAAAAAGGGAAAAGAACGAGACCCAAACCUUCCAAAAAGACCCACGAAUGCAUAUUUGCUUUACUGCGAGAUGAAUAAAGAAUCCAUGAAACAAAAUGCGGGACCCAACGAUGUUUCCAAAGCCCUAACGGAUGCGUGGAAAGCGCUGGAUGAAGACGGGAGGAAGCCUUACUAUAAACUUUACAGCGAAGAUCGUGAACGGUAUCAGAGGGAGAUGCAGGCUUACGCUAAGAGCAAGACAGGAAGCGACAAGCGGCCCAAAAAAGAGGAAGAAGAUGACGAUGAGGAAGAUGCGGAGGACGAAGACGAUACUGACGGCACUCAGCCAGAUGCGGACGCUUCUGCUUACAUCCCAACUGCAUGA